AUGAUUCGCAAAACUGUACUGUUGUCGUUGCUUUUCAUAUCCACAACAUGCGCACUUGCACUUCAAACAAUAAGAGAUCUUUCAUUGCCAAAUCCAACACCAAUUAUCGAGUCUAGCGAGGUCACUAGUGCCCUAGCCACCGAUGUGACCGUGUCUACUGACAAGACAAGCGCCUCACCCGAGGCAGCCCGCUCAUCUAGUACGGAAGCAUCCGAUGACAGUUCUUUCGUUUAUUUAUCCGUCACAACUGGGCCCCCUGAUGUCCUCGGUAUCGGAAACGUGAGCGGAUUUUAUGGACCAGGAAGCUGGGCAGCAUGGUUCCUUUCCAUCGUAGCCUCGUGGGUCCGGUUUAUUCGAGGCUCAGAAGAGAGAUUUGAUCCAAACACAUGGCUCUUUUUGCUCGGCACGAACUGGGCCGCUGUCGGACUUUUACGUGGGAUCCGCUUGGCUCAAGGUAUUCCACAAGACUCUCCGACCUACGAUGCAGAUUUGAACAGCAUGCAAGGAUCGAUUGCUGCAGCAUUCACCAUCACGUUCUGGGGAACCUUUCAUGCCUCGAUACAAUAUCUCGUGACGAUGAGAUAUUGUAUCACUAUGAAGACUCAACGCCAUCGUUUAUGGACACUCCUACUCGGAAUGAUAUUGCCCUCCAUCGCAUUACUGAGUUCCUCGGGGCUUAUCAGAACCAUGAAUGUGCCUGAACUAUACUGGCAAGGAAUGCACGGCGGCGCCCGGGACUUCAACUUGCGAGUUGCUGCUGGAACUCCGUAUUUUAUUGUGCCAUUCUCCGUGUGGCUGCUCGACUAUUUGAACAUACCAAUGAUGCCCACAAUGAUCAUCGACCUGAGGAAGCGAACAGUGAAGAAAAUGAGAGCAUCGAGGGUGAUAGCAAGCCUCUUCCGUGGAAUUGCUUACGUGUCAGUUGUUAUGCUCAUACUCUCGAUGAUGAUGCUCGAGGCCACCAGGAAUGAAAAGUGGUUAUUGGGACUGCUACCCCUCGCCCCAAUGUAUAUCUAUCUACUUGUGCUCGUUGCUCCAAUCUUUUGGAGCAUAAUGCUCACCUGUGCGAGUGCUUGGUAUGUUGUUAUGACUUAUGUGGCUCGCAGUGUUAAGGCAUCUCAAUCGUGUUUCUUUAUGCCGUGUGCCCCACAGUCGAUCAACGAAGAAGAUCAACUAUUUGCUCUAUUUGCAGGCCUCUUGAUGUUCCUUGGAUGGGAAAUUAUCCCGGUUCUUGUAAAGGGAUUCAGAAAACGGUACAGAGAUCGGCAAGAGUCCAUUGAGCACAUGGAAGAGCGAAUGAGACAGCUUGAGAUGAGGCGGAUACUGCGCAGGUUCGGUUGGGAGACGUCCACUGGCAGGACAACUAGAGACCCAGAGGACUGA